AUGCGAUCCCUCUCUGGUCCAUCUAAUAAUGGUUGUUUAUCCACACCAGCUUCAAAUCAUAGUCUUAGUCAAAGACCGACAGUAUCCAGGGAGGAAGAUAUUACUUCAAUGCGACCUGUCUCUGAUUCAUCUAGUAUCACUUAUUUACCCACACCAACUUUUCAACAACUCAUGGAUAUUGUUCGUCUCGAUGAUCACAAGUUCACAGCCCUCGGGUCAUUAAUAGAUAAAGAGAUCAUUGUUUGUUUCACACACGUGCGCGACACUGUUAGUCACCCUGUUAUUGUGUCUAUUCCGUGUCAAGUUCCUCUGGCCCCCGUGAGCUUUAUGCCGCACAUGUAG